AUGCGCAAGGAGGUCGAACCCAAGGAGGAGCAUUUUGCUGAGGAUUUGAAAGAGAAGAAGGCUCAAGAGAAAAUUGGCAGUGCACUUGUACACACCCCAAUAGUUAUGGAAGAGCCUGAAGUGUUAGAGAAGAAGCCUCCCUAUAUGGCCUAUCGAAAAAGCGUAUUCUCAGAGAAGAAGACCCUGAGGGAAGAUGAAAUUGUGGUGCUGACUAAGGAGUGCAAUGCACUAGUGCAAAAGAAGCUACCUCAGAAACUGCCAGAUCCCGGAAGCUUCUUGCUUCCUUGCACUAUAGGGAGCAUCACAUUCGAGAAGGCACUAUGUGAUCUUGGAUCAAGUAUAAAUCUGAUGUCUCUCUUUAUGAUGAAGAAGCUGGGGAUCCAAGAGGCGCACCCCACAAGAAUCUCAUUGGAGAUGGCAGACAAGUCCCUGAAGCAAGCAUAUGGAUUGGUGGAGAACGUCCUAGUAAAGGUUGAAGACCUUUACCUCCCUGCAGACUUCGUGAUACUUAACACCGGAGAGGAAAAGGAUGACUCCAUCAUCCUAGGAAGGCCAUUCCUAGCUACUGAGAGAGCCAUGAUUGAGGUAGAGAGAACAGAGUUAUGCCUGAGGAUGCAUGAGGAAUAUUUGCUGUUCAAAAUUCUUAAGCAUCAACCUCUUUCUGACAAAGAUGGUACUAGCAUGCAGAGCUCAGCACUCAAGCCGCCUCAUUCAGCGGAAAGCCAUACAGAAUCCCCUGACAUCAAACCUAAGUUUGGUGUUGGAGAUUCACCACCCACCAGUGAAUGA